AUGCAUGAGAUGCAUGAUGGUGAUAUGAUAGUGAAGAUGGAUGAAGUUUAUGCUCAGGUGACACUCCAACCAGUUAAUUCAUAUGAUGAGAAGGCAUUGCUGGCUUCGGGUCUUGCACUAAAAUCAAAAAAACCACAAACAGAAUUCUUUUGUAAAACUCUGACUGCAAGUGACACAAGCACACAUGGAGGGUUUUCCGUUCCUCGCCGCGCUGCAGAAAAGAUCUUUCCUCCUCUUGAUUUCCCUAUGCAACCACUUGCUCAAGAGCUGCAGGCCGGGGACUUGCACGAUAACGUUUGGACCUUCCGCCAUAUCUACCGUGGUCAACCAAAAAGACACUUACUCACAACGGGUUGGAUCUUAUUCAUAAGCGGGAAGAGGCUGUUUGCUGGGGAUUCUGUUUUAUUUAUUAGGGAUGAAAAGCAACAGCUUCUCUUGGGGAUUCGGCGUGCUAAUAGGCAACCGACUAACAUCUCAUCAUCAGUUCUUUCUAGUGAUAGCAUGCAUAUUGGUAUUCUUACUACUGCAGCUCAUGCGGCUGCAAACAAUAGCCCAUUCGCUAUAUUUUACAAACCAAGGGCGAGUCCUUCAGAAUUUGUGAUUCCUUUAGAUAAGUACUUACAGAAGAACAACAUUCAAUUUAAUGCUUCUAGGCUUCCUCAGCAGCAAAUGCAAGAUGCUAACUUGCAACAGAGGCAGCAAUUCGUUAACCAGACAGCUGCCAUGAACCUGCCACAAGCUAAUUUUGGUCAGCCCCAGAUUUUGGUCCAGAACCAGGCACAGCAGCAGCAGCAGCAGCCACUGAUUCAGAACCCCAAUGUGCAAAAUAACCUCCAAACUAGUCAACAGUUGCUACUUCAGCAACAACAGCAACGACAACAGCAACCCUUGCAACAACAACAUGUAAAACAUCAAAUGGAGAAAAUCAAUACUAAGUACAAGGCGGAUGCUGAUCGAUGGAGGUUAAGGAAGAUAUUUAUCAAUGAAACUACUAUUCAAGCAAAUAUAAGCUCGAGGACGAGCUUCUUUCAACAAGGGGAGACUGAUGUAGGACGCUUAAUCGAAAAUAAUUAG